AAGAUGUGCCGUGAUACAUUGUUCAUCGACAAUUUACCCACAAUUUCCAAACCGAGAAGGGGCUGGAAAUAGUGAGGCAUCAUGUUGUUGUACGAAUGGGCGCAUUGCUGUUAGCGCCAUUCGGACAAAGCCCUCUCCCAAAUCCUCUUUUCUCAAAAUAACAGAAACAAAAAUAUAACUCCAUUUUCACCCUUUUAACGAGCCAAACAACCAAUCGCUCCAGAAUAUAAAGAAAAAAAAACACCGUUACCUCUCUAUCCCCUGCAUGUUUCAUCACAAUUCACUGAUACGAGAUGAUAUACUCUGGACUGAGACCCUUUCCCAUACUACUGGCAGUGCCACCUCCACCGCGGUUGCAAAUGUCCCUGACAAAAGGGCCGAAAAACAGUGCAAUAACAUUGUCACUUUGUCGAGCAAUUUUCAUCGUCACUGUAUUAACAACGAUUGCAAAUGCAACUACAAUUCCCUCACCAGCACCCUCCUCGUCAUACCUCUACUCAUCGCCAGUGCCAUCGGUACCAGGACCACUGCCCUCAUCCUUAUCAUCAUUAUCCUCCCUCCCACCGCCACUUCAAUCACCCCAAGAUGAAAAUCCCCACGUUGUCGCACGUUUUCCAUCCCUCCACCAUCGCCUCGAGUUGAGUAGACUCGAUCCAAACUUCACACGUGAGGGUCCUCUCCGUUUCAAUCAUCUCACGAUUGAUCCAACAACUGGUCGCCUGUAUGCUGGUGCCAUUAAUCGUCUUCUACAAUUGGAUAAAAAUCUUCAAUUGGAGGAGAUAGUAUCAACCGGUCCCAGACCGGACAAUCCCCAGUGUCACGCAACCGGAUGUAUGUCCAGAGAGAUGACUACUUCGUUAAUGGACAACGUGAAUAAACUCCUAAUACCUGACCUUGAGUCGGGUACCCUAAUAGCAUGUGGCUCGCUGCUUCAGGGGGCAUGUGAAAAGUACAAAAUGUCGAAUAUAUCGAUAAAACCCGAAUUUGUACCGCACAGUGUAGCUGCCAAUGAUGAAAAUUCAUCAACCUACGCAUUCAUUGGCCCAGAGCGUUAUAAUCCCUGGGGCAGAUCAAAUGUCCUCUACGUUGGUACAACAUUCACCAACAUUGGUGAAUACCGUCACGAUGUACCAGCAAUAUCAAGCCGAGAUCUUUACACCCUUGAAUUCGCCAAAUAUACAUUCAACAAGCAGUCAAUACUGCACAUUGACGUUAAAUACAGAGAUCACUUUCUCGUUAAAUAUGUUUAUGGUUUCAACGCUAGUGAUUAUGCGUACUUCGUACUGGUACAAAAACAAUCAUAUUUACCUGAACAAGAGGAGCUCGGUUAUAUAUCGAGAUUAGCCCGUAGUUGCAUAAGUGAUCCAAAUUACGACAGUUAUACCGAAGUUACGUUGCAGUGUUCCGUUGAUGUUGGUAAUGGUACACAACAGAUAUACAAUCUUGUACAGGAUGCUAAAGUUGCUGCUGCUGGUAGUGAUUUAGCAAUGCAACUUGGUAUACCAAUUGGUGAUCCUGUAUUUGUAUCUGUUUUUUCACCAAGCAAGGGAAUAACAAACGAGGCAUUACCAAAAUCAGCAGUUUGUGUUUACUCACUACAGGAGAUUGAAACAAAAUUCAAUGAGAACAUACACAUGUGUUUCAAUGGUAGCAUCAAAUAUCGUAAUAUGGGAUACAUAAGUGGACCCAUACAAGACGGUGAAUGCCCAGUGGCUGGUACUACUGGUAAUAUAUUAAACUUCUGCGAAGUUGGAUUAAAAAUAUCAGGUGUAUCGCCUAUUGUUGGACAAGCGGUAAUCGAUUUUCCAGACACCUUUGUAACAUCUAUAACCGUUGCUAACACUGAAACACACACUGUUGCAUUUCUCGGUACAAGCGAUGGUGUAUUAAAAAAAGUGCUGCUAUCGGGCUCUGAGUCAUCGGUUUAUGAGAGCAUUGUAAUCGACAGUGAGCAAAAAAUACUUCCUGAUAUGGUUUUAUCACCCAGUGGUGAUUACAUACACGUACUGUCAACAACGAGAAUAGCUAAGGUCAGAGUUGAGCAUUGCAGUGGUUACACUAGUUGCUCGAGUUGUUUGGAUGCUAAAGAUCCAUACUGUGGAUGGUGUUCACUUGAGAAGAGAUGUACAGUGAGGGGUGCAUGCCAGAAAGCAAGCAGAAGUAGUCCAAGAUGGCUGUCACUGAGUACUGGUCAACAGUGUAUUGAUUUUGAGCAAGUUUUGCCAGACCGUUUGCCCAUAAAGCAAAUGACAUCGGUUCAAUUAACAAUUAGAACACUACCAGAAUUGCCCUCCGGGACUAAUUACAAAUGUGUCUUUGGCAAUGCUGAGCCCAUCAAUGCUGUGAUGAAGGGCUUUGGAUUAUCCUGUCCAGCACCACCGGUACCACAACGACCUAAUAUACCCGAUGGCACUGAUCACGUUCUUGUUCCACUAUCUGUACGCUCCAGCGAGACAAAUAAAGACUUUGUGUCGCGAAAUUUUGCCUACUUCGAUUGCUCGAGACACACUGUCUGCUCUGAGUGUGUUAAAGCCCAGUGGGCAUGCAGCUGGUGUGUAUACGAUAACAAAUGCACCCACAACACCAGUGGGUGUCAGGGUAAUAUCAUCUCAGGGGAUAAUCAUAGCCAGGCAACACUAGCUGCCCACGGUGUACAGUACUGUCCACGUUUCUCUCGUCGUGACGAGCCUCUAAUGCUACCCAAUAAUGUGCCCAAAGAGAUUAUUCUCGAAGUUGAAAAUCUACCCCAUCCCCAAAUUGGACACACUGGCUUUCAGUGUAUCGUUACCAUUGAGGGCGCCAACUUGAGAGUACAAGCGCGUGUUGAUAGCAGUCGGUUCAUUGUUUGUGACAAAACGAUAUAUUCUUACGAAGCACUUACUGGUGAAUAUGAAGCGACAGUGACGGUUGUGUGGAAUACAAAUCAUCACGUUGACCGUACGAAAAUUAUUCUGUAUAAAUGUGAAGUGCUUGGAUCACAUCGUGAACACGCUGACUGUUCUUUAUGUAUGACGAGGGAUCAGAGAUUCGAGUGCUCUUGGUGUGGUAAUAGUUGCACGUAUAAACACUCGUGUCUAUAUUCACCAUUUGCCGAAUGUCCAAAGCCGAGAAUCGACAUGAUAAGGCCAUUGAGUGGUCCCAUUGAGGGUGGUACACUGGUUACAAUCGAGGGAAGUAAUCUUGGGCUCAAAGAAACCGAUGUAUCUGAUAAAAUUCACAUUGGCAAAACACCUUGUACAUUAGUUGAUUAUGAAGUUUCGGUUAGAAUUGUUUGUCGCACUGGUGAGAGAAAAAAUACUGAUACUGUGACUGUUGUCGUUGGUAAUGACGCUGGAUACACUGAGAGUGCUGUUUUAUUUCACUACAAAGACAUCAAAUUGUCCGGUAUAUAUCCGUCCGUUGGGCCACAGAGUGGUGGUACACAAAUUGCUAUAACUGGUAAAUACUUGAAUAUUGGUAGUACAAUAUCAGCUUAUCUCGAUGAAUUACCGUGUCAUGUUAAUGCAACACAGGCUAGUAGCACUAGGUUGACGUGUGUUACGAGUAAAUCAGGACGUGUCAGGAGAAUACAAAAAUUAACCCUCAGCAUUGACGGGGCUAAUCGUACAUUAACGGGAAAUCCAUUCAAUUAUACCCAGGAUCCAACAAUUAUGGAGAUCAAACCAUUGCGGAGCUUUGCAUCGGGUGGUAGAAUGAUAACAGUACAUGGUACAAAUUUGGAUACCAUUCAGAAGCCAGAGAUGGAGGUUUAUUUUGAUAAUGAGAUUAAGCCGGUGAAUAGAACAAUUUGUACUGUGUUGAAUCCAACGCAGAUGGAGUGCCCGAGUCCAAGUAUAGCUGAGAAAUUCGCUAAUAGGCAUAGGAGAGUUAGAGCUGUAAGAUCGCUUCACAAACAUGGUACAACAUUUUCAUCGCUACGGGCAGGAAAUACCGAAAAUGAGGUGGCACUGAAGAUAGCUUUUGUUAUGGAUAAUGUGGAGAGUGUCAGGGAUCUUGAGAAACACUUUCAAAAUUUGAGAAAUCGUUUGUCGUACGUCGAGGAUCCCAAGUUCUUUGCAUUUCCCCAGAUGAUUAAGAAUUACAAGGGUGAUACUCUGGUGAUUGAGGGUGAAAAUCUCAAUUACGCGAGUGAUGAGACUGAUGUCAAUGUCACUGUUGGUACAGCAUUGUGUAAUGUCACAUCACUAGCGCAUGCACAACUUGUUUGCACACCACCAGAUCAACAGCCAGCUGCUACAGAUGAGAUGGGAAUUAAAACAGAACGUGGACUGCCUCUAGUCGUUGUACGUGUUGGACGUACACUACGUUUUUCCAUCGGUUAUCUUCACUAUGAAGUGAUAAAGACGUAUCCAAUACCACCUGAAGCAAUAGCUGGUAUUGCAGCUGGUACAUUUGGCCUUGUAUUUCUCUUUGUUCUUGUACUAGUUGUUUAUAGGAGAAAGAGCACACAGGCUGAGAGAGAGUACAAGAGGAUACAAAUACAGAUGGAUACGUUGGAGAGUAAUGUCAGGAUGGAGUGUAAACAGGCGUUUGCUGAAUUACAAACGGAUAUGACUGAUCUCACUGCUGAUUUAGAGUCAUCUGGUAUACCAACGUUGGAUCACAAGAAUUACAUUAUGAAAGUCUUCUUCCCUGGGGUUAUUGAUCAUCCCAUUCUGAAUGACCCACGAUCGAGAAACAAUGCUAGAACUAAUUACGACGCUGCUAUGAUACAAUUUGAAAUUCUCGUUAACAACAAGUGUUUUCUUCUUACUUUUAUCGAUACCCUUGAGACACAGAAAGACUUUAAUAUAAGGGACAAAGUGAAUGUUGCUUCACUGCUUAUGAUAGUACUCAUGAAUAAGAUGGAAUAUGCAACGGAUAUACUGAUGAAUCUCUUAAUUAGACUUAUUGAGAAGUCAGUAGAUACCAAGUAUCCUCAACUGAUGUUAAGACGCACUGAAUCGGUUGUUGAGAAGAUGCUUACAAAUUGGAUGGCACUCUGUAUGUACAAUUAUCUUAAGGAUUACGCUGGUUCGUCAUUAUUUUUAUUGUUUAAGGCUAUUAAGCAUCAGAUUGAGAAGGGGCCGGUUGAUGUUGUAACUCAUGAUGCUAGAUACUCGCUCUCUGAGGAGAGAUUACUACGCGAACAGAUUGAUCACAGUGUUGUGACGUUGCAUGUUAUGCAGGACGAUUUGGAUGAGAAGAUUCAGUGUAAAGUUCUUGAUUGCGACACGAUAAGUCAAGUCAAGUCGAAGAUACUCGAUGCAUUGUACAAGAAUACACCGUUCUCGUUGAGGCCAUCGAUACACGAGGUUGAUCUCGAGUGGCGGCACGGGAGGGGGGGACAUUUGACACUGCAGGACGAGGAUCUGACGACCAAGUGUGCUGGUGAUUGGAAGAAAAUCAAUACACUGGCACAUUAUGGAGUCAAAGAGUCAGCUGUUAUGUCACUGAUACCGAGACAAAAUGAUGCAUUCUCGGUUGGUUGCAAGACUUAUCACAAGGGUUCAUUGAGAAAUCAUCAUCAUUAUCAUCGGCAAUCUAUGAAUCGUCUCAAUCACUGUUCAACUGGACAUUUACCAUCGACACCGAGUCAUGGAUUAAUCAGUCCCAUUAUGUAUCCACAUCCACCGGGUAUUUAUUUCGAUACACAACACACACCAUCACUCAUAACGGCUAAUGGUGAUAUCGAGAGUGGAGUUAAUCAGAGGCUCUGGCACUUAGUUAGACCAAUUGAGGAUACUGUUUGUCCACAAACUAUUGGAUUUACUAAUAGCAAACAUAAUCAUCAUCAUCAUCAUCCGGAGAGAACGCACAAAGCUAUACCCGAGAUAUUUCUAACGAGGUUAUUGUCGACCAAGGGAACUGUACAGAAAUUUGUCGAUGAUUUUUUCAAUACUGUUCUCACUGCCAAUGAUGCAUUACCGUGCGCCGUUAAGUGGCUCUUUGAUCUGCUUGAUGAUGCUGCCAAGCAACAUUCGAUAUCAGAUCCAGAGGUUGCACAUGCGUGGAAAUCAAAUAGUCUACCACUCAGAUUUUGGGUUAAUUUUAUUAAAAAUCCAGACUUUAUGUUUGAUAUUAAUAAAUCAACGACUGUUGAUUCGAGUCUCUCUGUCAUUGCCCAAACUUUCAUGGAUGCUUGUUCGACAACUGAGCACAGGCUUGGCAAAGAUUCACCGUCAAAUAAAUUACUAUUCGCCAAGGAUAUACCCCAUUAUCGGGAAAAAGUUGGACGUUUUUAUCAGGACGUACAGAGAUUACCAACUAUUACCGAUCAGGAUAUUUCCAGUGCCAUGCAGCAGUUGAGCGAUUCUCAUGCCAAUGAAUUUGACGUUAUUGCUGCGCUCAAGGAGCUCUACAUUUACGUCAGCAAAUACUACGAACAAAUUUUAGAGGCCUUGGAAUCGGACGCAGGCUGUCGUCAGUUACACCUAGCCCACAAACUCGAGAAUGUAGCGUGUACAAUCGAGGGAGAAGAGACGAGUGCCUGCUGACACACUACCCCCAAUUACAUUGCGUGAACCGUCGAAAUUUUCAGAUGAUAAAGAGAAAGAAAAAUUAAAUAAUAAAAGAAAGGGAAGAGUGAAUAAUAAAAUAAACACUGACCAGUGCCUCGAUUUUGCGCAUCAGAUACACCUCGUUCAUAUGUACAAAAAGAUGAUGAAAAUGAAAAAAAAAACAAAGUAUGAAAAAUAUGAAACUUAUACCGCCAUAUAAAUGAUUUAAAAAUGAAAAAGAAGAAACGAAAAAUUAAAAUAGUCUCUGCACCUUCGGUACAAUUCGAAGAAGUGGGAAAUGAAAAGAACAUUGACUCGAUUCAAUACAAAAGUAAAAUGGUCUCAUUUUAAUUCAAUUUCUUUCACUGCCAGUAAAUACAGUAGAAGAUAAAAGAAAAAUGCAAAACACGGAGAUAGAAUCACCGCACAAAAGGGGGGGGGGAUAAGGGAAAUGGAAGAAAAAUAGAAGAAUGGAUUAAAAAAGGCUAAAAAAAAUGA